AUGAGUUCUAUUGGUUACGACCCUUACUUUCCCUCCUCUUCCCACAAGAGGAGGGUGACGCUGCGCAGUGGAGGGUAUGGAGGUAGUGCAGGAGGAAUGACAUCCAGGUCGGUGUAUUCCAGCCUCUCUGCCCCCCUCUCAUCUCAUGGGUCAUCCCGGCUGCAUUACCCAACAUACAGCCGUAGCUCCUCCAUGCUGCUGUCUGACCCCGGCUCUGUGGCCACUGCUGAACUGGACAUCAGCCAGGCGGUGCAGGUCAGCACUGAGUUCAAGGCCGUGCGGACGCAGGAGAAAGCCCAGCUGCAGGAUCUGAACGACCGCUUUGCCAGUUUUAUCGAGCGCGUCCACGAGCUGGAGCAGCAGAACAAGCUGCUGGAUGCUGAACUGCUGAUCCUCAGGCAGAGGCAUGGGGAGCCCUCCCACCUCAGGUCCCUGUAUGAGCACGAGAUCCGCCAGCUCCGUGCUGCUGUGGAGGAUGCCCGCGAUGAGAAACAGGCUGCUCAGAAUCACAGGGACCAGAUGGAGGAGGUGCUGCAGAGUCUGCAGGGCCGUUAUGAAGAGGAGGUAGUCAGCAGGGAAGAGGUGGAGGGCCGUCUGAUGGAUGCCAGGAAGAGGGCGGAUGAGGCCGCUUUGGGCCGUGUUGAGCUGGAGAAGAGGACAGAGACACUGCUGGAUGAGUUGGCCUUCCUGAAACGUCUCCAUGAGGGGGAGAUAGCUGAGCUGCAGACCCAGGUGCAGUACAAUGCCCAGGUGUCAGUGGAGAUGGAGGUGGCAAAGCCAGACCUGUCCGCAGCCCUCCGAGACAUCCGCGUCCAGUAUGAGAAACUGGCACACCGCAACCUCCAGUCAGCCGAGGAAUGGUUCCGCAGCAAGGUGAGUGUGAUGACAGAAGGCACCGCCCGCAACACAGACAACGUUCGCAGUGCCAAAGAAGAGGCUGGGGAGUACCGGCGCCUGAUCAAAACACAAAACAUGGAGAUUGAAGCCUGCCGUGGGAUGAACCAGUCCCUGGAGAAUCAGCUACAGGAGGUGGAGGAGAAACAGAGUGCUGAGAUCGCAGCCCUACAGGUCAGUGCCAGAGCAGCAUGAAUGAAAAUUUAACCUGUCUAAAUAUCUGCAUUAGUAGUGUAGCAGACUCUGCUGAGCCUAAUCCUUCAGACAAAUGCGCACAAUGAAUAUUCUACAGAAAUGCUAUGUAAUGCAUCCUUUACAUCAACAAAGUAAGUUUUGGCCUAUAGAAUAUGUGGUUUGGUCAUGAUGUUUGGAAAAACUUUUACAUAUAUCAGAUAUAUAUAUAAUAAACACCUCAUUAAUCAUAUUACACCUUUAACAUAAUAAAUGAUCUCUCCAAAAUAGGAAUCAAUUGGCCAGCUGGAGGACGAGUUGAGGACAACUAAGAAUGAAAUGGCUCGGUACCUGAAGGAUUAUCAAGACCUCCUGAACGUUAAGAUGGCUCUGGACAUCGAGAUAGCGGCUUACAGGUCUGUAACUCAUAAAAUUAGACAUGCAUGUUGUGUCUACUUCACAGAGAAGAACUUCCUGCAGAAUUUUUUAACUAUACCAUUACUUUAUGAUCAUAGAUUGGAUCAUAUGUAUUUUACAGUUUUUUUAAAAUCAACUGAGUGCCAACCAGGGCCAUCUCUUGUGAUCUAUGUAUCUAUUCUGUUUCCAGGAAGCUGCUUGAAGGGGAGGAGAAUCGCUUCAGUGCAGGAGGACCAGGGGAAAUGUCUAGUGUCUACUCCCAAAGCCUGUGUGUUGCCCCAUCCUACAGCCGCCCCAUGUUCUUCAUGCAGUCCAGCCUGAGCUCUGGUGCCCCCUACCCACGCAUGUACAGCUCAUCAUUUUCCUCUGCGGAUGAGAUUAUAGCUGCCAGUCAAGCACAGCCUGCUGAGUCAAGUCCUCAGGAAGAAGAGGAGGAAAAAGAGGAGGAAGAAGAGAAGGUAGAAGAGGAGAAGGGAGUCGAGGAAGCAGAGGAAGAGGAAGAAGAAGAGCAAAAAGCAGGUCAGUGUUGUCUAGAGUUUUAAUGAAUGUGCUUUCACUUAUUUUUCUUGAAGGUUUUGAAUUGUCAAGUUCAGCGUCUACAGUGGUUAACAACUAAUCACUAAUUGUCGCUACAGGUGACAACGGAGAUAUGGAGAAAGAGGAAGCAGAGAAGGCUAACGAAAAUGGAGAAGAUGGAGGAGAUGAAAGCCAAGAAGGAGGAGAUGGAGAGGAGGAUGGAGCCACUGAAACAGAAGAAGGGGAUGAUAAUGGAGAAGAGGAAGAAAGCAAAAAGGAAAUAGAAGUGGCAGAAGAAAAAGAGAAGCCAAAAUAUAUAAAUAUUUAA